AUGCGUUCCUCAAUCGCUAUCGUCUCCCUCUGCGCGGCUUUUGCAGCUGCUUCCCCAAUCGUCAAGAAGGAUGCCGCCGCUAAGGAAGUCGUCCAGACACAUGUUGAUUUCGUCACAAACGUCGUCGUGGUCACUGUUACUGGUGAACCAGUCAUCGUUACUGCUGUUGCCGAUCCUACACCAGCUCCUGUCAUCGUGACCGUCACCGCCCCAGCUCAAUACCAGGCUAGACCUCACAGACAUUCUCACUCUUCUCAAGCCGCCCCUGCCCCGGCACCAACUUCAACUUAUGAAUCCGUCGUUAUUGUUACUGAGACUCAAGCUGCUUCCACUGAAGCUCCAGCUACCACUGAAGCUGCUGUCCCAGCUACUACUGAAGCCGCUGUCCCAGUUACUACUGAAGUCGCUGUCCCAGUUACUACCGAGGCCGCCGCCGAAGCCAGUAAGGUUGUCGAGACUUCUUCAAGCUCCGCCGCCGUUGAAUCUACCCCAGCUGCUGACUCCGCCACCGAUGCUCUCACCCCAUCCGCCGUUACUUCCCACAAUGAUGCCCGUGCUAGCCAUAAAGCCUCUGCUAUGACCUGGAACCAAACUCUUGCUGAUUAUGCUGCUCAAGAGGGUAGCUGCUCCACAUUCGCACAUGACUUGACCGCUGGUGGUGGUGGAUAUGGACAGAACAUCGCUGUUGCCGGAAACUCCAACUCUGCUGCUUUUACCACUGAAGCUGCUCUCGCCGACGCCAUCAAGGAAUGGUACGCUGAGGAAUCCCUCUUCACCUCCUUGUACGGUGUAGCCAGCCCACCUCAGACUGUCGGUGACUUCUUGCACUUCACCCAAAUUGUCUGGCAAGAAUCCCACUCUGUCGGAUGUGCCGUAAAGACUUGCGGAACCGACAACGCCAUCUACCCAGGCAUGUUCGUCUGGUUCAGCGUCUGCAACUACUACCCAGCAGGAAACGUCCUUGGCGAAUUCGACUCCAACGUCUUUGCCUAA